UAUCUCCUCAACUCCUGUGUUGUUUUUUUUUUUUCUUCAUUGUUUCUUCUUCUCUCUUUUGGGACCAUCUCCCUGCUCCCUGCCCUGUCUCCCUUUGCCCACCGUCCACUCUGCUCAUCCGUCCAUCCCCCUCCUCCCAGCAACAGUCAGGUCUGGCUGGGCCGCCACAGCCUACGUAAGCACGAAGACACAGGCCAGGUGGUCACCGUCAACCGCAGCUUCCCACACCCGCACUACAAUAUGAGCCUCCUGGGGCGCCAAGUAUUUGGGCCAGAUGAUGACAGCAGCCACGACAUCAUGCUGCUCCACCUGUCAAAUCCUGCCAAGAUCACAGACUCCGUGAAGGUCCUGGACCUGCCCACCCGGGAGCCAGAAGUGGGGAGCACCUGCUAUGCCUCCGGCUGGGGCAGCAUCCAACCAAAGAAGUUCUUACGCCCAGAGGCUCUCCAGUGUGUGGACCUCGAGCUCCUGUCCAAUGACAAGUGUGAAGAAGCUUACUAUGAAAAGGUGACAGAGUUCAUGUUGUGUGCUGGCCACUGGGAUGGCAAGAAAGACACCUGUUCGGGUGACUCAGGGGGCCCACUCAUUUGUAACGGCAUGCUUCAGGGUCUCACGUCAUGGGGCACUCAGCCAUGUGCUAAGCCCCAGAAGCCUGCCCUGUACACCAAGCUGUGGACUUAUCAGGAGUGGAUCAAGGACACCAUCGCUGCCAAUCCCUGAGUGCCCCUCUCCUACCCCCUACCACUAGUAAAAUCGAGUACACGUCAGUUCUGAAAUCAUCCAGCCUUUCUAAAUGCUGGGUUACCUGGAAGCUUGGAACUCACCUGGCCAAAGCUAGAGCCAGCCCAGUUCUCCUAGCCUGUGUCCUCAAGUGUGGAGUCAGGGUCUGACACAGGUGGAGACUAGUGUUUCUCAGACGGUUGUAAUUUUCUCCUCUCCACUCUCUCCGGGAACACUGGCAAUGUCUGAAGAAUUCUUCUUACUCAGGUUCUUCAAGGAUACACAUAAGGACGUGGGUGGCUGUGUUACUUGCGUGGUGCAGAGAUGGAGGAGGAGUGGAGUUCACCCUGGGAGAGUGGAUAGUGACACUUGGUGGAUGCUUUCCAUGGCCACCAAGUAGAAGCUGGAGGCACAACACACCAGACUUACACACAGUGAGGAUGAAGCUUAAAGUAUAAUCCACCUUGUCCUGGGUCACUGGGAAGCCUAGAGAAGGUUGCGAGCAGAGGAGGGAGGGUCCUCCUAUCUUGUGGGGAGACAGGCUCAGGGAAGAGCCUGGAAUCCCUGGAAGCUGAUCCAUUAUGGGGGGGCAUGGGGGUCCCCCAAACCAGCCUCAGAUUUGUUGAUUUCCCAGCAGUGCUCACAGAACUCAAAAGAGCUGUUACACUAUGGUUUAUUGUUGUUUGUCACAGUGACAGGAAACAGAUUAAAAUCAGCAAAGGAAACAGGCGUAUAGGUCGGAGUGUGGGGAAAACGGGAAAACUUAGUUGUUCUCUCCCAGUGGAAUGUUAUAGAUGCACUUAAUUCUCCCAGCAAAGUUGUGUGGCAGCACUUAUGAAGUAUUUCAGACUAAGGAAGCUCACCUGAGCCUUAGUGUCCAGCGUUCUUACUGGGGGUCUGUACAGUAGGCAUGGAGUGCUCGAAUGGUUCAGUCCCCAGUCUCUCCAAAGGUCAGACUGGUAGAGCAUGGCCCAGAGUCCCAGACAUACAAAAACAGGCAUUCGUCGUAAAUUGCAUUCUUAGCAUUAAUUGUCUGGCAUGGCCCAAGGCCCCAGACAUACCAAAACACUCUUAGCAAAACAUUCUAAGGGAGCGGUGGGGAACUGCAGGCUUAAGGCCACAUGUGGCUGUGUAGGUCCUUAAGUGCAGCCUUUUGACUGAAUCCACAUUUUACAGA